CGCUCUCCAUAAAAACCCCGAAGGCCAGAGAGAGAGAGACUCUCAGAGACUCUCAUAGACCAAAUCGAACCGUACCACCACCGAGCUCCGGCUAUGGCGUCCUCUAGGGUUUUGCUCUGCUUCUCCUUGCUCGUCGCUCUGUGCUUCACUGCGAUCCACGCCGACGAGGCUGAUUCGAAGGAGUUCGUGCUCACUUUGGACAGCUCCAACUUCUCUGACACUGUCAGCAAGCACGACUUCGUCGUCGUCGAGUUCUACGCCCCAUGGUGUGGCCACUGCAAGAAGCUGGUUCCAGAGUAUGAAAAAGCUGCAUCUAUCUUGAGCAGUAAUGACCCACCAGUCAUUCUAGCAAAAGUUGAUGCAAAUGAGGAAGCAAACAAAGGACUUGCUUCUGAAUAUGAUGUUAAGGGUUUCCCCACAAUCAAAAUUCUAAGAAAUGGUGGGAAGAUUAUCCAGGAAUACAAGGGUCCUCGUGAAGCCGAUGGUAUUGUUACUUAUUUGAAGAAACAAAGUGGUCCAGCUUCUGUUGAAAUAAAGAGUGCUGACGAUGCAACUACUGUUAUUGGUGAAAAGAAGAUAGUUGUUGUUGGUGUGUUUGACAAGUUCUCUGGAGAGGAGUAUGAGAAAUUCUUGGCUCUAGCUCAGAAAUUGCGUUCAGAUUAUGAAUUUGGUCACACUCUUGAUGCAAAGCACCUACCCCGUGGUGAUUCAUCUGUGACUGGGCCAGUAGUUAGACUGUUCAAGCCAUUUGAUGAACUUUUUGUUGAUUUCAAGGAAUUCAAUGUAGAGGCUCUAGAGAAGUUCAUUGAAGAAUCUAGCUUGCCAGUUGUUACAGAAUUCAACAAUGACCCAGACAACCACCCUUUUGUUAUCAAGUUCUUCAAUGGUCCAAAUGAUAAGGCUAUGUUGUUUCUGAACUUCAGCAGUGAUGUUGCUGAUGCUUUUAAAUCAAAGUAUCGUGAAGUAGCUGAGAAAUACAAAGGAGAAGGCAUAAGCUUUUUAGUUGGAGAUCUAGAGGCUAGUCAAGGUGCCUUCCAGUACUUUGGACUUAAAGAAGACCAAGUGCCUCUCAUCAUCAUACAGACCAAUGACGGACAAAAGUUUUUGAAACCACAUUUGGAGCCAGAUCAUAUUUCAGUUUGGGUGAAGGAAUACAAGGAUGGGAAAGUAUCACCAUACAAGAAGUCUGAACCCAUCCCUGAGAAGAACGAUGACCCUGUUAAAGUUGUAGUCGCUGAGAGCCUCCAGGACAUCGUUUUCAAGUCUGGGAAAAAUGUGCUGCUUGAGUUUUAUGCUCCAUGGUGUGGACACUGCAAGAAGCUUGCACCAAUCUUGGAUGAAGUUGCUGUAUCAUUUGAAAAGGAUCCUGAAGUUGUUAUUGCAAAGUUUGAUGCUACUGCAAAUGAUGUCCCAAGUGAGUUCGAUGUGAAAUACUAUCCCACUUUGUACUUCAGGACAGCAAGUGGAAAGCUCUUGUCCCAUGAUGAGGAGGACAGGUCCAAGGAAAGCCUCAUUGCUUUCAUCGAAAAGAAUCGGGACAAAUCUGAGACUAAAACUGAGAACCAAGAGUCCUCAAAAGAUGAGCUCUAAAGAGGACGACAACCUUUGAUGGAGAACAGACAUUAGGGCUACUAGUUGGAUAUGAUGGCGGCAGCUACAAUCUGACUUUCAGAGAUUGGUAGAGCAUAAAAGCAAUAUCUGACUUACCUCCCUAUGUCACUCCCAUCCCGUAGUUAUAGUUAUGUGUUCCUUUUCUUUACCUGAAUAAAAUGGGAGGUGCUUUCAACAGCUACAAUAGUUUGAAGGAUAGCGUAGUUGUGAUAGUGUGCAGUUUUGUUGAUGUAGUGACCCUUGAACGAGUUUAAUUUACUAGUGUUUGAAGUUACUAUAUUCACUGUUUC